AAAAUGUCAUUUGACACACGUGUAUUGUGUGUGACCAGUUGGAAGGAGACAUCAACGGUGUCGGUAGAUUUAUGAAGAAGAUCUUUUAUUUUUCCAUCGUAUAGUUUUUAGAUUUUAUUGCAACAGAAUGGAGUACAUUUAUCGAUUACCAUUCUUAAUCCUGGAAGUGCCUAAUUUAAAAUUAAAGAAACCGUCCUGGUUCGUGAAACCUAGUGCUAUGAUAGUCUUCUCCUUCAUUCUUCUGUCAUACUUCUUGGUAACAGGAGGAAUCAUAUAUGAUGUAAUUGUUGAACCACCCAGUGUAGGCUCUACAACAGAUGAACAUGGACAUACAAGACCUGUAGCAUUUAUGCCAUAUCGUGUAAAUGGACAAUAUAUCAUGGAAGGCUUAGCUUCCAGUUUCCUAUUUACAAUGGGAGGUUUGGGCUUUAUUAUAUUGGAUCAAACUCAUGGUCCAUCGACACCGAAACUUAAUAGAGUUCUUCUAAUAUGUGUUGGAUUCCUCAGUAUACUUAUGUCAUUUGUUGCAUGCUGGAUAUUCAUGAAAAUGAAACUUCCUGGGUACCUACAAUCUUAAAUAUAAGUUAUAUAAAUUCCAUGAAUAUUGUGAAUACCAUUUUUAUAUCGUAUAUGAGAUAUCAUUACAGUAUACAAAAUAUUGUAACAAUUAUUGAUUGAAGAUUUUUGUAAUAAAGUGUAAUAAGUAAA